AUGUCAAUACAGAAAUUUCUUGAAAAUUCCACACCAGCAGAAGAGAUUCAUCAAAAUAAACGUCAAACGCUACCCCAACCUGAUGUUGAUGAUGAUAUAUUAGCAAGAUUAUACAGUACAAAAGAAAGUAUACCCCAUAUAACCAUACCAAAAAGAACGGAACCUAUAAUAGCAGGACGCAGUGGAUCUUGUGAUAUUAAAUUAACUGGGACUGAUGUUUCUUCAAAACAUUGUCAAUUCACGAUCUUUGGUAGUCAACAACGGGAAUAUGUUAGUGUUAUGGAUAUGAGUACGAAUGGAUUAUUUAUAAAUAAUGAAAUAUUGGGUAGAGGAUCAAAAAGAGUACUUAAAAGUGGUGAUAAACUACGAUUUGCCAAAACUGGAGGUGAUCCUAAUAAAACCGGGAAACAAACUGAAGAUGUUAAAUUGAAACAAGAAAUGGAAUUAUUAUUAUCGAUUAAUCAUCCAAAUAUUGUGAAAUUCGUUUCUCAUUAUAUCGAACCCAUAAAUUCCCAUUCCGUGAACACAUAUCUUGUUUUGGAAAAAAUGAAUAGUGGGGAAUUAUUUCAAAGAAUAGUAAAUAAAUCAAAAUUACGUCCUGAUGAAACAAAAGCAUUCUUUAGACAAAUCCUUGCCGGAUUGAAAUAUUUACAUGACAAAAAUAUAAUUCAUCGAGAUAUAAAACCCGAGAAUAUCUUAUUAGAUAUCACUCCUAAACUUAGUCCCGAUCAAAAACCUACUGGACCUUGGGAUGAGAAUGAAUAUGAUGUUAGAGUGAAAAUUGCUGAUUUCGGAUUAGCCAAAUUUAUUGGAGAACUAAAGUUUACCAAUACCUUAUGUGGGACUCCAGCAUAUGUUGCACCUGAAAUAUUGAAAAAUGAUCGUCAUUAUACUACAAAAGUUGAUCUAUGGUCAGCUGGGGUAUUAUUAUAUGUUUGUCUAUGUGGGUUCCCACCUUUUAGUGAUGAAUUGGCCCCACCGAAUAUGAAAGAACAAAUUCUUAAUGGAAAAUAUGCAUUUUAUUCCCCUUAUUGGGAUGAUAUUAGUGAUAUUGUCUUGGAUUUGAUUUCGAAUUUAUUAGUGGUUGAUUCUAAUGAGAGAUAUAAUGUAGAACAGACCCUUGGUCAUUUUUGGUUUGUUGAACGUGAGAGUGAUGAAGUAGAAACUUCGUCACUGUUGGAUCCUAGCCUGUUGCUGAGUGAUUGUAGUAUGUCUUUAGCACCACAUAAAAGGAUAACGGUUAGAGCAGAUACUCUACCUUUGACAUUAAAGGAUAAAUUUGAAUCAGUAUUAGAAGGAGAUCUUCCAGUUAGAUCAUAUAUCUUUUACUAUAUCUUUCUAUUACUUAUGUACCAAUUAAGUUUAAUUGGUUCAAAGUUUCCCCUUUGGGGUUUCUCUUUGGAAAUAAGCGGCGUUCAACUGAUAUAUGCAUGGAAUUUGCAUUUUGAUAAAUUAGGAGAAAUUAACCAUAAAUUUAAUUUGGACCCUGGGCCAACCAAUUUGGGAACCCAACUCUUAAUCAAUUUGGUCCGUAUAAGCUCACGGCCAAUAGUCGGAAUCGGGUCAACGAAAGGGUUCGGUGUUAACAAACUAAUCAUUUAA